AAAGGAGUCGACAAGAAAAAGAAAGACAAUUGGAGAAAGAGAGAGAAAAUGGAUAGGAUGUUUUCAGUGGGUGAAAUUUCUGAUCAAUACUGGUCGUCGGAACUCGCCGCCGCUACUCCCUCGUCACGGCCGCCGCCACCUGCUGACGAAGGCUCCAAGAUGAACCGUAGCGCAUCCGAGUGGGCCUUUCAACGCUUCCUUCAAGAAGCCUCUGAAACUUCCCCUCAUUCUUCUGCUGCAGACCAUGGGGAAGGGGAAGUCAUCGAGAUCAAGGACUCUUCCUUUAAUCAAUUGCAGAAACUUAAUACUAACCACGAUGGUGUUAGUAACUGUAAUAGCACCAGCAUUUCUUCCAAUGCUGUGCCACCGAAUAUUCCGAUCGAUUCUGAGGAAUAUCAGGCUUUCCUUAAGAGCAAGCUUCAUUUGGCUUGUGCUGCUGUUGCUAUGAAGAGGGGAUCCUUUAGAAUGACUCCAGCUUCGUCCACCUCUGCUGACUGCGGAUCACAAGCAUCUAAUACGUUGGGAAUUCAAGCUCCUAAAGCUUCUAAUAUAGGAGCUGGGAAUAAUUCAUUAAGGUCACCGGAUAAGGAUAUAAAUGGAGCCGCUGGAGUUACUUCCUCAUCCGUGGUGCCAAAAAUAUCUGAGGUUCGAGCUCGGCCUGUUACUAGUGGAUCAUCAAGAGAUCUGUCGGAUGAUGAGGAGAUUGAGGGGGAAACUGAAAUAAAUGAAAGCAAGGACCCAGCCGAUGUGAAACGUGUAAGGAGAAUGCUAUCAAACAGAGAAUCAGCUCGACGAUCAAGGAGAAGAAAGCAAGCCCAUUUAACUGAACUUGAGACGCAGGUUGCCCAAUUAAGACUUGAAAAUUCUACCUUGUUGAAGCGCCUUGCCGAUAUAAGCCAAAAGUACAAUGAAGCCAAUGUUGAUAACCGAGUUCUAAAAGCUAAUGUUGAGACAUUAAGAGCAAAGGUAAAGAUGGCUGAAGAGACCGUCAAGCGAGUUACCGGUAACCCCAUGUUCCAUGCCAUGUCUGAGAUCUCCUCCAUUGGCAUCUCUUCACUCGACGGUAGCCAGUCCGAUACAUCAACAGAUGCUGCUGUUCCUUUGCAUGAUGAUCCAUGUCGUCAUCUGUAUCAAUCAACACCUAACAACCCCGUUGGGCCACACGACAUAGUUGUCAACAACAGAUUGCCUAACAUUUCACAGGUGGGCAAUGGGCAACAGAAUUCUCCAUCUCAGGUACCGCCAGCCAUGUCAGGGAACAAGACCGGAAGAUCAGAGUCUCUGCAGAGAGUGGCUAGCUUGGAGCAUUUGCAAAAACGGAUCUGUGGAGUGAAAGCAAAUGCAGAGCAGUAGUAGAAACACAACAGGCAAGAUUUGGAGAUGGCCCUUGUAUUUACGAAUGGUUUAUUUUUGACCUCAUGAGCUGAAAACGAGAUUUAGUUGUGGAGAUUGGAUUAAGAAAAGAAAGAAAGAAAUCUUACCUCUUAUGCUAACACAACAUCGAGAUUGAUCGUUAAUACUGUUAAUUUUGUGGCCUUCUCCCCAUUUAUCAUGUAAUAAUUCUAAAUGAAACAAGGUAAUUAUCAUCUAA